AUGCAAAUCGAGACCUGCGCCAGAUUCCGCGGCGCCCAAUCCGCGCCCCUCUUGCACUGCCGAGAUAUUUCCGGGCCCGCGCCGCACAACCACGCAACCGGGCAACGUUGCCCAGAUUGCAGCUCCCGUCUGAGCUCUUCGUCCUUUUAUAGCCCUCACUCGCCCACCUCCACAAAGCCUAAUCCCUCGCUUACCUCCUCUUCCCCAUCUUCACCCCCCACCAUGUCCCUCAACCGCCUGCUCCCCCUCGCCCGCCUCCCCUCGCGCCUCUCGCCCCGCCCAGUCCUUCCGCGCCUGCUCACCACCGUCACAUCGGCCCCCUCAGCCCAAGCGGAGCCUUCUGCCGCCGCUGGGGCUUCCGCCCGCCCGCAUCAUGCCGUCGUCUCGCUCGCGGGGCAGGACCGCGUCGGUAUCGUGCGCACGGUCACCGCCGCCGUCGCCAAUCAGCGCGCAAACGUCGAGGAAUCCAAGAUGGCCAUCCUGGGCGGCGACUUCGCUAUGAUAGUCUACGUUUCUAUGGAGGACUCGCAGCACGCGGAUCAGCUCGUGGCACAGUUGAAAGCGGAGCUGCCCUCCUUCACGAUAUCCGUCAGGGAGACCAGCCCCCCAACGCGGCACGACGUGGGGCACGUGAAGACGAUGUGGACUAUGCAGUUCGAGGGGCCGGAUCAGCCCGGCAUUGUCGCCGCCGUCACUCAGGCGCUGGCUACUCAUGGCGCAAACGUGCAUGAAAUGGAUACGGAGACUACUACCGCCCCGUUUGCUGGGUACACCUUGUUCAAGAUGAACGGAAAAUUCGCAGUCGAUGAUGAGCAUUUGGAGGAAGUCAGCAAGGCCCUGACUAAGGUUGAGGAUAAAUAUGGCUCCACUAUUAAUCUGGACCAGGUGCCAGCUAAGGAGUGAGCGCUUUGCCUGUCGGUGUAUAGUGUUUGAGCCCUGGAUAAGAGAUGGGGGUAGUGAGUGUGUCUACUCCGUAAUAGUUUUUACAAUCUGGGUCGGAACUUUGAUAGUGCAACUCUGAAUAGUUUUGAGACGCUCUCGCUGCGGCCUCCAACCCGUAUUUUUCAAAGGCAUUUUGUCCAACCAGUUAGCAACCAGAUAGUGGGUCUCAUGCGUCCAACUGUUUCUGCAACUGUGUCUUGCAAGUACGAUCUUGAGGCUUUCCUAAGUUGGAGUUCAGUGAUAUACGAAGAUUGAGAGUGGCGGGGGAGAUACAAGACAGGGCUUCAUGUCUUUCAGCGAGUCUACUGGGAUAUCUAGAAUUGUAUAUUUCAUGUACACUUUCGAAAUAAUAAAACACUGAGAAUUUCCCUUCGAGAGUGAA